GGAGGUCAAUAUUUAGUACUUCCGGUUUGGCGGGCAGAGCGUGUGUGCGCGCUUCCGAACGCUAUUGUGACGACAAGCUAGUUACCAAACUCCAGCUACUACGUUACAUACAUCUAACAAUUCGAAAUGAGUUUACCACUGAACCCUAAGCCCUUCCUGAACGGGCUGACGGGCAAGCCAGUGAUGGUGAAGCUCAAGUGGGGCAUGGAGUACAAAGGCUACCUAGUCUCUGUGGACGGUUACAUGAACAUGCAGCUGGCGAACACGGAAGAGUACGUGGACGGAGCGUUGGCAGGUCAUCUCGGUGAAGUCCUCAUCAGGUGCAACAAUGUUCUCUACAUCCGAGGGGUGGAAGAAGAGGAGGAGGAUGGAGAAAUGAGAGAGUGAUUCCAACAAUCACGGCGUGUGUGUGAUUUAUAGUCGAAAAGUAUACUUGUGUUUUCACCAUGUGAAACUAAACGGAUGAUUGAUUUCUUUUUUUUGUACCGUUUGUGACCAACUUUUUAGUUGUUAGGAGACAAUAAAACAGUGCUCUUUAUUAAACUGGA